CUAAAUACCCCAUUGAACAAACAUAACAUUUGCGAAAACUAACCCUAACGAAAGGUCGGCGGUUGGCAGCAAGAUGAUCAAGUAGGCCAUGCCCGGACAUUUAGUGGGCAUGGUUACAAAGAUCAAGGAUCUACUGAAUUUGAAAGAACAACUUAAACCACGUGGCCUCCACUACCCCGUCUUCGCAAACUGUCUUCAUUGUCCUCCGCCUCCAGGUUCCUUGCCUCGCCGUUGAUCUUUAGUCGCCGGAGUUCGCUUUGACCAUUGCCUCCAGUUCUGUAUGGUGGGAUGAUAAUCGGAAGUGUAAAAAACUUCUAUUUGUAGGGAACUUCAACCACAUUUCCUGUAUCUUAAAUGGGCGCAGGGAGGAAAACUCGGAAUGCCAACAAUGAUAGCAGUAAUCCACCUUACCGGCGUGGCUCAUCAUCUUUUAGGGGCUUGCACAAGGAUGAAUUAGGAGGAGCUAUAUUUAUGUGCAAAGAUAACACUAUGCCAGAGUGUCUAUCAAAACAAUUGUUUGGUUUACCCCCUCCACAUUUCUCCUACGUGAGAAAUAUUUCACCAGGUCUGCCCAUUUUUCUCUUCAACUGCACUGAUAAGAAACUUCAUGGCAUUUAUGAGUCUGCAAGUCAUGGUCAAUUGAACAUAGAUGCUCAUGCAUGGACAAAUGGGGGAGCAGAGAAGACUGCUUUUCCUGCACAGGUCCGGAUCUGCAUCCGGUCACAAUGUAAACCCCUUAUUGAAAAGAAAUUUAAGAAAGCAAUUGAACACAACUAUAAUGCUAAACCUUUCUGGUUCGAGCUGGACCAUGCACAGACUCAACACUUACUUUUUCUGUUCAAACCUAUUCCUCCAUCUCCUUUGCCAGUACGAAGUCGGGCUAGCAAAAUCAAUAAUUGUCCACCAUUAUCAGCUGUCAAAAGAAAGCUAAAGAAUGAUUUAGAGGUUACUAGUUCAGCGAACCAAUACAAGGUUGCAGACAAUGCAGAUACUGAUUUUGGUGGAUCUAGGAGAGAACUGUUUAAUGCUUUUGAAGGUGCAAGUUCUAAAGAACCAAUAUUGAACUACAAUGAUUCUAAAGAAUCAAUUUCGAACGGGAAAGAACAUUUUCAAGGUGAUUUAGAUGGAGGAAGUUCAGCAAUUGUUACUAAUUUUAUUGAACUUAAUGGAAGACUGGAUCUGCAACCAGUUGAAGGAGAGCAUAAUAAUGCAUUGCUCAAACUGAAAUUUUUUUCAGCUGAUAGCAAAUUGCGUUCGUCUAGCUGUGUCAUAGGUGAUAGUUCAAGUUCAAGUGUCCUGGAAGAUUUGUACAACAAAAAUGAACAACUUAUUGAUGAUUCAUGUACUUCCACUGAGAAAGAUGAUGACCUUUAUGAUGGAAAUGUUGCAUCAAAUGAUCAACAUCUUGAUACCUUUCUGGAAGAAAACCGUCUAAUGGUAUCGAUGAACUUCUGUGAUGGAUAUAAAAAUAUGAAUAGUGGGAAGAUUUUGAAUGAUUCACACAGUUUGUACGAGCAAGAAGAAGUUUCAGCGACUCCUAAUCUUUCUCAUGGAAAUGAUAAGCUGCUGGAAGCCAUCAGAGAUUUAAAGGUGCAAACUACUACAUUAGCGAAACAGCAGGUGGAAUCUGAUAGAGAAAUAUUGUAUUUGAGAGAUCUAAUUAGAAACUCCGGACAAAAAGUUCUAAAGCUGAAUGCCCGUUUGAAGGAUCUAGAAUCAAAGUUAGGCACCUCAAUGCUACUUGAUGAUGGUCAUAAAGUCGAGUUUGUUGGGCAGCAUAUUGGUUCAGACGAUGUAAUUUACCUUAUUGGAGGUUCUAAUGGUUCUGCAUUGCUAUCUGCAUUAGACUCAUUUUCACCAUCAUUGGACAUCUUGACACCCCUGAAGUCAAUGAGCUCUGCUCGUUCGUAUGUUUCCUCAGUUGCACUAAAUGGAGAUAUAUAUGCUCUGGGCGGAGGUGAUGAAAAUUCCUGGUAUAACAUAGUUGAGCAUUAUUCCCAAAAGCACGACGAAUGGACCUCAUGCCCUCCGAUGAUCCACGAGAAAGGCUGUCUAGCUGGUGCAGCUUUGAAUGGCAAAAUUUAUGCUAUUGGUGGAGGUAAUAGACUUGAGUUCUUCUCCGAUGUGGAGAUGUUUGAUCCUGCUUUAGGAAGAUGGAUAUCUUGGUAUUCGAUGUUUCAUAAGCGGUACGAUCUUGCUGCAGCUGAAUUACAGGGCGUGCUGUAUGCAGUUGGAGGAUCUGAUGGACAACGUUGCUUGAAGUCAGCUGAAAGACAUGACCCAAGAGAGUUUUCUUGGACCCGAAUACAAGACAUGAAAACCAGGAGGAAAGGCCAUUCAAUGGCAGUUUUUGAUGAGAAGCUACAUGUCAUAGGUGGCCAUGAUGGGGACAGAAUGUUAUCAAGUGUUGAAGUUUAUGAUCCUCGUGCUAACGCUUGGAUGGCCUGUGAACCGAUGAACUCUAAUCGAGGAUUAGCUUCAGCAGCAGUUCUCGGCAAUUCUUUAUUCAUCAUCGGCGGAAAAGAUGGUGAAAAUUUUGUAGAAACUGUUGAGUGUUAUAACGGAUAUGGUUGGUAUGACAGCGGUUUGAAGGCUGUGGGUAGGAGAUGCGGCUUCUCAGCAGUUGUGCUGUGAGUGCAUGGUGGUCAUCUAUCUAUCUACCUUCUUUUACUGGAGUUUAUUGUGAUCAUUUGAUACCAAUGUAGACUGUACAGCGCUUACAUUAGCAAGGAGGAUAUCUCUGGUUUCAAGCUAAAAAAUAAAUAAAUAAAAAUCUCUAGUUUGAACCUCCUUUGAAUGCUCUGAUAAAUUCUGUAGAUUGAGAGUAGGAAUUUUUUUUUUUUAAAUGCUGUUGUAAUCUGUAGAGUUCUCUUGAAAUUUUGCAGGCACAAUUUCCUCCCGAAUCUUCUUUUCCUAUUAUUGAAGUAUGAUUGUUCCAGUUUC